GUUUCUAAUAUUUCUUUUAAAAUAUGUCAAAUUGGAGUGUUGAAGCUAACAAAUUUUCUUAUUUCUAUGUAACCCACUUAAAUAUUUAUAACUUUCUACAAGCAUAUUUGUUUGUUCUUUACCUAUAACCAAUAUAAGUUUUAGAUUCUAUUUAAAUUUUAAGUAAUCAGGAAUAUAUUCACAGAAUUAUCGCGCAUCUCUAUUUAUUAGAGGUGUUUGUCGAAAAGAUAAGCUUAUUCGAUCAUAAUCUGUACAACACAACAUACAUACAUAGAUCGAAACAAUGUCGAAAUCCGAGGAGCUCACAUUUCGGCGUGCUAAAGUUGAUGAUAUAAAAGAUGUGCUAUCCAUGAUUCAAGAACUGGCCGACUUUGAGAAAAUGAGCGGUGGUCCGCAGCUUACCGAGGAGGAUCUUAAAAGGGAUGCAGGACUAACUGGGGGUCAAGAAUAUUGUGAAGUUUAUGUACUAAUAGACAACUUUACUAACCAGACAAUUGGCUACUCUAUUUGCUACAAGGCUUACUCUACUUGGCAGGGUCGCUACUUCUUCGUCGAGGACAUCUAUGUGCGCCCAGAGCACCGAAAGCGUGGUGCCGGAAAGCGAAUCUUUCUGGAGGUCUCCGCCCGAGCAGUAGAGCUCCAAUGCCCGCGCCUGGAAUUCAAUGUUCUAGAGUGGAACCCAGCCCGCCAAUUCUACGAACGCCUUGGAGCCGUGGAUUUGACAGCCAAAGAAGGCUGGCACUACUACCGCGUUGAAGGACAGCAGCUGACAAAAUUGGCUAAGGAUCUGGCUGCUUACAAAUCUUGAUGGUAUUUUCUAUUUUCACUUCUUUAUAUUAGAAAGAUAAAUAAUUAAUAAUACUUGACCGUGGGCCUUAUGUAUAUGCUACGAGUACAU